ACGCAACAAGCACUUUUAAAGCUCUUAUCAUUCUCAACAUAAACGCGUCUCCCAACAUUUGUACUGGUGCAGUCAUCGGGAGGAUAAACCCUUCAUGCAAGCUACAUCUACUAUCAAGAAGAAGGACGUCGCCUCCGCCGGACCACUUGACUGGACAUUACCCUCUUGGCUCUCGAUACCACCGUCAGGCGUUCCUCUUCAACUGUCCGGAUUGUUGCGACGCCUGGCGCCUUAUCGCCCGGGGCCACAGGGAAGUUUUUAAGUUUUCCGGCUGGUUAUUAGUGCGGGAAGACUGUCCGGCGGCGGCGUGGUGGAGUCAGGCGACGCUAAUGUAGCCACACGGCUUUGUAUUUUACCCUUCAAGGAAACGCCAGAGCACAUCCAGCACCGCUGCCAUCGUGGCUCCAUAAUCAGCAGCAUUAAGGGAAAACCUUCACAUAAACUGCACCUAACAUAAAGAAGAAGCACCACCAUUGACCGCCAAGUGCUCACAUCAAGUCUUAACUCUAAGAAACAACACUCAAGUCUUGCCUAACCCUCAACAUUGACACUACCGUGACGCGUCUCCCAACAUCACCACUCGUGGAGUUAUCCAGGGAAGCAAACAUAAGAACAUAAGAACAAAGGUAACUGCAGAAGGCCUAUUGGCCCAUACGAGGCAGCUCCUAUUCUACAAACCUUCACACAAACUUCACCUAUCAUAAAGAUGAAAACUCACCAGUGUCCAGAGUGCGGGAAGAGGUUCAGUCGGCUUGGAUCUGUGAAGACUCACAUGGUAAUACAUACUAAUGAAAAACCUCAUGAGUGUCCAGAGUGUGGGAAAAGAUUCAGGUUUAUUGGAAAUAUGAGGGAGCACAGAGUAGUGCAUACUGAUGAAAGGCCUUUUAAGUGUGCUGAAUGUGGCAAAACAUUUAAGAAUCGUGGAGGUAUAAUACUGCACAUGAUAGUGCAUACUAAUGAAAGGCCUUUCGAGUGUGCCGAGUGUGGCAAAACAUUUAAGCAUCGUGGAGGUAUAGUACUUCAUAUGUUAGUACAUACUAAGGAUAAACCUCAUGAGUGUCCAGAGUGCGGAAAGAGAUUCAGUCAGCUUGGAUCUAUGAAGACUCACAUGGUAAUACAUACUAAUGAAAAACCUCAUGAGUGUCCAGAGUGUGGGAAAAGAUUCCGUCUUCGUGGAUAUAUGAAGAGGCACAUGCUGGUACAUACUGAUAGAAAACCUCAUGAGUGUGCCGAGUGUGGCAAAACAUUUAAAUGUCGUGGAAGUAUAGUGCUGCACAUGGGAGUGCAUUUAGAUGAUAAACCUCAUGAAUGUCCAGAGUGUGGGAAAAGAUUCCGCCUUCGUGGACAUAUGAAGCGACACAUGUUAUUACAUACUGAUAGUAAACCUCAUGAGUGUCCAGAGUGUGGAAAAAGAUUCCGUCAUCAUGGAUAUAUGAAGACCCACAUGCUGAUACAUUCUGAUAGUAAACCUCAUGAGUGUCCAGAGUGUGGGAAAAGAUUCAGGCUUAUUGGAAUGAUGAGGACCCACAGCGCAGUGCAUACAGAUGAAAGGCCUUUCAAGUGUACCAAAUGUGACAAAACAUUUAAGAAUCGUAAUGGUAUAAUUCAGCACAUGUUAGUGCACUUGGAUGAUAAACCUCAUGAAUGUCUAGAGUGUGGGAUGAGAUUCCGUCAUCCUAGUAGUAUGAAGCGUCACAUGUUAGGACAUACUGAUGAUACACUUCAUGAAUGUCCAGAGUGUGGGAAAAGAUACAGUCAUCUUAGGAGUAUGAAGCAUCACAUGUUAUUACAUAUGUGAUUUUCACACACACACACACACACACACACACACACACACACACACACACACACACACACACACACACACACACACACACACACACAUACACAUACAGUACUGUAUAUGUUUCAGUCAGACAUUUAUAUUAGUCUUACCUUAGUUUAGUAGUUAUACUGUACAGUAUUAGCAUUAUUCUGUAAACGUGGAAUGUACAUCAGGGAGUUCUUCUGGUUCCCAAGCCGGGCCUGGAGCCAGCCUUCACUUGUGAUAACUUCGUUUAAGACCCCUUACUAGUAUUUGUUCCAGCCAGAAUUAUGCACUGUAUUACUCUGGCUAUAUGGUCGUUAUGGCUUCGCACUUCCCCCUGGUAGUUACCUUCCCUUCUCGCAUAAUUUAAGCAGUUUAGUAAUGUUACCCUGAUUGGCAUUGAUUUUAUUCUGAAUUAUGAAAAUUAUUUUAGCCUGACUCGAGGUAUUAUAUUAGCCAAAACCUGGCACUUUUUAAACCAGAUUCUUGCCAUUCAAUUAGUCUGAUUCCAGAAUUUUUAUAACACUAUGGAGUAUUUCAUUCAAGUUAACCUAAGCCUAAUUACUGCUAAUAUUUUUUUCAUCUGUUUAUUAAUGCCUAAAUCUGACAUUUUUUAAUUAAAAUAUAUUUCUAAUUUUAAAUUAAUAGUAUUUUUGAAUGUUUAUGAAUAAUCCUAAGUUUAAGUAUUCAUUAACUGGUGUGUAUGGUCAUUAUGAGCCUGUUUUACCAGGUAAAGUAGUAGCCUGUAUUGCUUUGAUUGGUAAUAUAAUUUAUAGCUGUUAUGAUUAAUGUACAGUAAAUUAUAGUUAUUGUUUAUUAUCUGUCUUUAAGUUAUCUAUAAUAAAAUAAGGAGUAAUACUUUACUUUUAUGACCUGUUAAGUUUUAUAUGGAACUUGUUUUUACAAUUGUCUUGACACACAAGGUUACCAUCCACUCACUGUAGCAUACAAGGUUACCAUCCACUCACUGUAACAUACAAGGUUACCAUCCACUCACUGUAACAUACAAGGUUACCAUCCACUCACUGUAACAUACAAGGUUACCAUCCACUCACUGUAACAUACAAGGUUACCAUCCACUCACUGUAACAUACAAGGUUACCAUCCACUCACUGUAACAUACAAGGUUACCAUCCACUCACUGUAACAUACAAGGUUACCAUCCACUCACUGUAACAUACAAGGUUACCAUCCACUCACUGUAACAUACAAGGUUACCAUCCACUCACUGUAACAUACAAGGUUACCAUCCACUCACUGUAACAUACAAAGUUACCAUCCACUCACUGUAACAUACAAGGUUACCAUCCACUCACUGUAACACACAAGGUUACCAUCCACUCACUGUAACAUACAAGGUUACCAUCCACUCACUGUAACAUACAAGGUUACCAUCCACUCACUGUAACAUACAAGGUUACCAUCCACUCACUGUAACCACUAUAAAGGGUUUUUGUAAUUAGCACAUAAAUAAGAUUCAUGU